GCGCACUUAAAAAAAUAAACAAACGACAAACGCACAUGUCAUGGAAUGAAGAGUAGCUUUAAACUUUAACUUUAAAGCCCAUAAUGUUACUGUGUUGAGAUGAAUCGUUGAACAAUGUAGCAAUACUCUAACUUCUGGUGUAUUGAAGAUGUUACAUAAAACAACAAGUACAAAACUUUGGUCAUGGUGCACAAGACGCUGGUUCCACAGAACUAAAAUGAAACUUAAAGAAUCCACAGAAACAGUGACACGAAAAAAUGAAAUAGAUAUUCAGAUGUUGUCUGAUGGUCUGCACAAACAUAUCUUCAAUAAUACAGAAAAGAAAGAAUUGGACGAAAAAAGUAGGACUAUAAUUAAGUCACAUUUAGAAAAUCAUGAUUUAUGGAACAGACCCACUGAACACUUAAAAGAUGUCAACUGCUCUUUACCUAAAUUACAGGGUAAAAAUAUUGAUGAACAUUUUAGAAAUAUUGCAAUAGAACAGUCAGCAGAUAUUGUGAAUUUUGCGAAUGUUAUAGCCAAUGCUAAAAGACCACCAAAGCCUAAGGAAUGGCAGUUUUCAAAAGGGUGGACAAAAUAUGAUGCAAAUGGAGAAUUUAAGUCUGUUGAUUUCCCUGAUGCAGAUGUUCUAAUAUUUGAUAUGGAAGUUUUAGUGAAAGAAGGUCAUUUUCCUACCAUGGCAACAGCUUUGUCACCAACGCAUUGGUAUUCUUGGUGCAGUGAUUAUGUUGUUGAAAAUAAAUUCCGGUGGUCUGAUGAACCAAAGCUGUCUGAUUUGAUUCCAUUAGAAACGAAAAGAAACUCAACGAUCACAAGCAAUAAAAGUAAAAAACUUAUUAUAGGACACAAUGUUGGCUUUGACAGAUCCUUUGUUAAAGAACAGUAUUUUGUACAGAAAAGUAAAGCCAAUUUUUUAGAUACAAUGUCUUUACAUAUAGCAACUUGUGGUUUAACAACAUUUCAACGAUUACUUUAUAAAGCUGGUGGUAAAAGUAUGAGAAAGGAAGUUGUUGAACAUACAGAAAAACAAAAACAAUGGCAUAGUGAUACAAGAAGUGAUUGGAAGCUUGUCAGUACAAUGAAUAAUUUAAAUGAUGUAUAUCAAUUACAUUGUGAUGGUGAACCAUUACAGAAAUCCACUAGAGAGAUCUUCGUAGAAGGAUCAAUGGCAGAUGUUAGAGAACAGUUUCAGGAAUUGAUGACAUAUUGCGCUGGUGAUGUGGUAGCUACACAUUCAGUAUUUCAACAACUGUGGCCAGAAUUUUUAGAUAGAUUUCCACAUCCUGUAACUCUAGCAGGCAUGUUAGAGAUGGGUUCUGCCUAUCUACCUAUUAAUGCUAACUGGGAGAGGUAUAUUCAGCAGUCGAAUGCUAUUUAUGAUGAGAUGCAGAGAGAGUUGAAAAAUCUCCUCAUGAAUUUAGCUAAUGAAACAUGUCAAUUCUUAGAAGAUGAGAGGUAUAAAGAUGACCCUUGGCUAUGGGAUUUAGAUUGGUCUGUCACAGAUUAUAAAUUAAAAAAAGAAACCAGCAAGAAAAAUACAUCAACUACUAAUACACCAUUAUUAGAUGAAGAUGAAACUGAUGAUGAAGAAGAAAUACAUCGAAGACAAGUCAUUAACAAGGUUUUACGUACUGAAAGCAGAAUUCCAAAAAACUCUGUCUUUAUGGCUGGUUACCCUAAAUGGUAUCGAGAAUUGUGUAAACGACCAUCAGCUGAGGACUGGCAACCUGGACCAUCACAGAUAUCAACACAGAUGAGAGUUGUACCGAAACUUCUUCGCUUAACGUGGGAAGGUUUUCCUCUUCAUUAUGAUGAAAAACAUGGUUGGGGUUAUCUUGUACCCGGACGUGAAGAUUCUGAGAUUGAAGUAGAACUUGAUAGACAAGAUCCGGACAGAAAUAAAGAUAAACUUAUGUUUCCUAUAGAAUCAUUAAAAGCAUUUGUUUGUAAGACAAAGAAUUUGGAUAUAGAAAAAGACUUAGGUACGAUAACACCACCUCAACUAGGACCUAAUUUUGAUAGUAGCGCCAUGGAUCCAUCUGAAAGGAGUAAACAUUGGAAGAAAAUAAAGGAUGAAACCCCACUAAAUGAUUUUCUAUUUAAAGAUAUAUUAGAUAAACAUAAAGGUGAUGGACCGUAUGAUGUUGGUUUUCCUGGUUGUAUGUUUUAUAAAAUACCUCAUAAGGAUGGUGUAAACAAGAGAGUUGGUAACCCAUUGGCUAAAGAUUAUUUACCUCGUAUAGAAGAUGGUACAUUACGUGCUGCAGCAGGAAAUGAAGCUCAGAGAGUUUUAUUGAUAGGCAAGAUGUGUUCAUACUGGAAAAAUAACCAACAGAGAAUAGAGGGUCAAAUGGCUGUUUGGAUGAAGAAAUCAGAAUUACCCAAAACUGUGACCAAACAAGAGACUUAUGAUGCAGAUGGAAGAUUUGGUGCCAUUGUACCAAGAAUUGUACCAGCAGGAACUGUUACCAGGCGUGCUGUAGAACAAACCUGGCUAACAGCCAGCAAUGCUUAUGUUGAUAGAAUAGGAAGUGAAUUAAAGGCCAUGAUACAAGCGCCACCUGGGUACCAUUUUGUAGGAGCAGAUGUUGACUCACAGGAAUUAUGGAUAGCAGCAGUUCUUGGUGAUGCUUUUUUUCAGAAAGUACACGGAUGUACCGCUUUAGGUUGGAUGACAUUACAAGGUAAAAAGAAAGAUAAAACUGAUCUACAUAGUAAAACAGCUGAAACUGUUAAUAUCAGCAGAGACCAUGCUAAAGUUUUUAAUUAUGGAAGAAUUUAUGGAGCUGGUCAGAAAUUUGCAGAGAAAUUAUUAAUACAGUUCAACCCAAAACUCAGUCCUGAAGAAGCCAAGCAAAAAGCUAGGAAGAUGUAUUUAUCUACAAAAGGAAGGAGAAGUAGUGACAGACAUUGGUAUGGUGGGAGUGAAAGUCACAUGUUUAACGAAUUAGAGAGAAUAGCUAAAUUAGAAGAACCACGAACACCAGUAUUAGAUUGUAGAAUAAGUAAAGCUCUGGAACCAGAUAAUGUAUUAGAUGAUUUUAUGACAAGUCGUGUUAAUUGGGUUGUACAGAGUUCAGCUGUAGAUUAUUUACAUCUAAUGUUAGUAUGUAUGAGAUGGUUAAUUGAUAAGUAUAAUAUAAAUGGUAGAUUCUCUAUUAGUCUACAUGAUGAAGUGAGAUAUUUAGUAGAAAGUGAAGAUAGAUAUAAGGCAGCUCUAGCUCUACAGAUAACCAAUCUACUCACUAGAAGUAUGUUUGCUUAUAAACUUGGUAUGAAUGAUCUACCCCAGUCUGUAGCAUUUUUCAGUGCUGUAGAUAUUGAUGGUUGUUUACGUAAAGAAGUUAGUAUGGAUUGUAAAACACCAUCUAAUGUACAUGGUUUGUGUAAAGGUUAUGGCAUACCUCAUGGUGAAGCUCUAGAUAUUCAUGAAGUGUUAAAUAUUACACAUGGAUCUUUCAAAACAAAUAAAAAGUUUAAAAAACAGGAGAUGUAUGACGAACAAGUAGAUGUUCAAUUAUCAUAAUAAAUGAUGUAAAUAUUGUGAAUAUUCUUUUAUUAACAACCUUGGAUGGUUUCUCAAAGCUGGUGACAUCUUGGGGGUUUAU